GGGUGGGCAAUCAGCAGUGGAAGUUUGACACUGUUAGUGUGAACAACAGACCACAGAAAGAGAGAGCACUGCUACCUGCCCCCAAGCUGUUUGUGUGCGUGUGUGUGACUGCUGGCUCCAAGGGCACGGUGGCAGGGGCCGGUGCAUGGCAGUGGGGGGGCCGAGCGGCGUCCGCUCCUCAGCAGAGGACAGGCUGGGGGUCGGCCUGGGGACUGGGGCUGGGCCUGGGCUUGGGCUGGACCGCCUGGGCCAGGACGCAGAGAGUAGGAGAACCGAGACCCUGGGGGCCAGUUGGCAUUGGAAUCGGGGUAGGAGAUCGGGGGUCCCGGACAGGCCCGGGGGGCAUGCGUUGCUCUCUGCGCGUGUGGGUGCUGCUGGGGUCACUGGCUCUCCUCUUCCUCACCUCGCUGCUCUUCUCGCUCUCUUUGAGAGGGGGUCCCGGCCUGCCCUACCUGGACCCAGGGAACGGCUGGGAAGAGUCACGCAGGGUGAAGCUGGUUCCCAACUAUGCCGGAUCCCACAAGCCGGUUCCAGCUGAGGGCAGCCAGCCGAAAACAUGUGCCUGCGUUCGGUGUGUGGGCGACCCGGGCGUGUCCGACUGGUUUGAUGAGAAUUAUGACCCGGACAUCUCGCCUGUCUGGACAAGGGACAACAUCCAGCUGCCUUCAGACGUCUACUACUGGUGGGUGAUGCUGCAGCCUCAGUUUAAGCCCCACAGCAUCCAGCAGGUGCUCCUGAGGCUGUUCCAGGUUAUCCCAGGCCGCUCGCCGUAUGGCUCGUGGGACCCCGCCCGCUGCCUGCGCUGUGCUGUUGUUGGCAACUCAGGCAACCUCCGGGGGACUGGCUAUGGGCCAGUGAUUGACGGCCACAACUACAUCAUGAGGAUAAACCUGGCUCCCACAGUGGGGUACGAGGAGGACGUGGGCAGCCACACCACCCACCACUUCAUGUACCCGGAAAGUGCCAAGAACCUGGCUACCAAUGUCAGCUUUGUUCUAGUGCCCUUCAAGACUCUGGACCUGCUCUGGAUCACCAGCGCCCUCUCCACCGGCCAGAUUCGCUUUACCUAUGCCCCAGUGAAGCAGUUUUUGCGUGUGGACAAGGAUAAGGUUCAGAUCUUCAAUCCUGCGUUCUUCAAGUACAUCCACGACCGCUGGACAAGGCACCAUGGACGCUACCCUUCCACAGGCAUGCUGGUCCUCUUCUUUGCCCUACAUGUGUGUGACGAGGUGAAUGUAUUUGGCUUUGGAGCAGACAGCCGAGGCAACUGGCACCACUACUGGGAGCAGAACCGCUACUCAGGAGAGUUUCGUAAAACAGGCGUCCACGAUGCAGAUUACGAGGCCCAGAUCAUAGACCGGCUUGCCAAGGCUGGCAAAAUCACCGUCUUUCCUGGAAAAUGAAAUCCUAGAGAAGGUGUGAAGGGGGGGUUGAACUCAACAACCUUUCAGUCCCAGCUCCAGCUGACUUUGUUUUACGUUUGUGUACUAUCUACUAGUGCUUUCUGAUUGGAAACAGUCCUGACGAAUGAUUCGGGACUACUCCUCACGGAUGGCCAAUCCUGAUUGGUCAGGAUAUAAGCCCUCCUCCUUUUUACUGGCGGUGUCGUGAGAAGGCAGUUAUAACCGUUCCUUUCAGGCCUACCUCAACCAGGACAAUGAAUCGCUGAUGGAGGAACACUGAUGGCGUCCUCCCUUCUUAAACCAGCGGGUUGGGUUUCAGCGUUAGGGGCUGGUAAAGCCAGCUCACGUUCACCAGAAGGACUGCACAGAGAAAGCUAGCACAGAAAACACCACAGUAUGUAAUCAAACUUAAUGCUUGUCAAUCAUCCAAGCCAUGCCUGCCUCUCGUGUGCUGAGCCAGUGAAGCAGGAAGAUGAAGUGGAGGGUGUGAUCAACCAAUAGUGACCGCUGUGCUAGUGCUACAGUCUUCAGUGGUUCAGGCGGGAAUGGGCAGUCACAACCCGCUCGCCAUCCACACUGUGCUGCAUUGCAGCAGGUAGAGACCUUGUGUCAACAGGGGGUGCACUUAAGCAAGUGGAAGUUUACAAGAAGUGUUUUAAGUUUGUAGUUUUAAACAUUUUACCAGUAUGUUUUAUCGUGUUAAAGGGUCAGUGUGACCCCACAUCACUGUGCUCUGAAACCCGUUGGACAGAUGUUAGCCAUUACUAUGUUUGUUGAAUUAUUAUAACGGGUCUUGCCACACAGUAUUAAGUCAUUUGAUCGAUCAUUUUGAGGGGAACUGAAGUUCACACUUACACUCACUAGUGCAGGCUUAACAGAAACCACUUAAGUAGUCCAGUGUGCUCACAUACACAGUCUGUGUUUAGACGUACAAUGAAGUCAAGCAGUAUUACUCACUCAGAAUUUGUUUACUGUCUUCUGAGGUAGAGCUGAAAUAUCACUGAGCCAGUGUGUUUUACUGACAAAGAUAAUGGAGUACCAUCUGCUGCCACCUCGUGUCCACUGAGGGACACUACCUUGCUAAGGAGCAUGAACAAAAACAUUUUUCAGUGGUAAAUCCAGGGUUGGAAUUCCAAAGAUGUUUGGAAAAAUCCAUGUAUUUAGUGCUUUGCUGUGAAAUGCUUCAUCACAGAGAAAUCUAAUGACUCCUGAUUUCUUUACAGUGGGGUGGGAUAGGAACCAAAGGUCAACAAACUAAAUCAAAUGCCAUGCAUCUGCACAAGUAUAACUAUUAUACUUGCUGUCAAAAAAACACCAGUCAAUAAAACAACACAUGUCCUGAGUUCUUUUUCUGUAUACACAUUUGAUCAUGGUAAAAUUUUUUAUAUAUGGGCAUUGUUUUGCCUAGCAAGUCCCCUGCAUGUUCUUUUCCACACUACAAAAAUGCAUCAAAACAGUGUUUCAAGCAUCAGACACUGUAUUGUAGCCCUUAUAUGUAUCAAUUUUAUAAAAAGGAACUUUUAGAGGCAUUACAUAUCUGGCUUUGGACAUCUAGUUCCAAUCACCCCGCUGUGAACAAUUCUGACUGGUAGAAUUCUCUAAGAACUAAGCAUUUCACAUCAACCCACUCAGAAUCACUUUGGCUGUGUCCCAAUUGUGUACUAUACACUAAUACUAUAUGGUAAAUACUAUAUACUAAUCUUAAUAGUGUGAGAUCGGCAUCUUAAUACAUGCUACCCUGUUUUGUACCAACAAAAUAAAAAAAGCUAUUGCUGCUAAACUUGUUACACGUUGUUAUCCGCGUCCAAAAGCCUAGGCUGCAUUUCUCAGCUACUGUGUAUUAUUUAAAGGCUGUCCUACAGUAAAGGAUCCUUGGUAUACAGCUGAGAAAUGCAGCUGAUUUUCAGAGCCUUUUCGUUGAACAAUUCUCUGUGCACAUAAACACAAAGAAAAGGAAAAAGGUACCACAAAAACUGAAUAAAAAAGAAGCAGUUUGUUUUAAAAUGUUUUUUUUAUUAGAAUAAUUAAUGAAAAAUUGAAAAUGUAUGCAAGUUUUGCACCCAAAAGGCCUUGUUACUGAGUGUUUAUUGGACAGUCCUACCAAGGGUCCGCCCUACCUCAACUGCAUCCUAGGCUUUGUAACGCAGCUAUUGUUCCAGAUGUAAGUAUUGCCAAUGUUUCAGUGUAGUAUUGCUUGUCAGAUCUUUAAUAUUGUGGAUAUUUGAGUACUGAGUAUUUAACUUUGACACUCUAAUCCAUACUACACACUUCAUAUUCAAAACUUGUUAGUAUUAGCAAUUUGUAUGCCACUGGGACACACCCAUUUUGUAUAUCCUAACUGUUAAUUUAUGUAAUUGGAUUAAUAUGUUAAAAUCUAUGGAAUUUCCCCUUUAAUUGUACUUUGAAAAGCUCACACUGCUCCACAUUGAGGAGAUUUGGAGACUGGCAGCAUCACUAUGUGGUCUCCUGUCACAUUUCUUACAUUUCUCGUAACAUUACUGUGACAGAUAGCUUAGACUCAGACUUUGUGCAGCAUGUCAGAGUGUAGCAUUAAACUGUGUGUCAGUGCCAUUUGGUAUUUAGGAAAGAUUCAUAGCUGCAUUUGGAAUCAAUGCGAUGAUUCAAUUUGUGACGGUUAUUUGUUUUAUUUUUGACAAUGGGGUUCAUCUCCCUGAAUCUGCCACAGCUUUUGCUUCUUUAGAGACUCUGAGACAACAAAAAAUUCUGGACUGAUUUAGGCAGUAGUUAAGCAGUCUUAUGGAAAAGUUUAGAGUGUAUAGAAUUUGUUCGCUUAGUUUCAUUUAGAAAAUCAGCAAAGUGUGCCAUUGGACUAGUGGUGCCCAUACUUUUGCUUAAGAAAACAUGUCCAGUGAAGCCUGACGUCGUGGGCAGCCCUGGUCAGAUUUUAUGUUUCUGUGAACAAAGCAAGUAAAAUAUAAUUUGAAUUGAGUUAAGAAAGAAAUGUGUUUUACACUUUAAGCAAGAACACUUUUUUUUUUUCCUUUGACAAAUUCAAAAUAAAAGGAUAAGGUUUAGGCAUCCUUGCGUAUUUGAGCUGGUGGUGCUAAUCUAAAGGUAAAACAAAGAGUUUAGCUAAGUGAGGAAACUAAUAUUUGCAUCCAAUUUUAUCCUAACUGGACAAUUCAGCCAAGUGGUCACACAGAGGCAACAAAGAUAUAUAUUGUUAUAAUUCUGCCAAUCAACAAAAAAUUAUUUAUAUUAUUACUUUUAGAGGUAACAGGAAAUUUGAGAAUUUUAAUUGUAUUUUUUUUCAGUCUAAAAAUUUUCAAAACAAGAUUAAUAGAUCAAUCUAUUUGACAGCAGUUGAUUUUUUGUGCACGCACCUAUUCACAGUAACAGGAAUUUUGACAAGGAGUACCCAAACUACUAUUUCAUGCCACUGUGGAUAUAUCUAUAUUAUUUUAACCAUCACUUAUGUUUUAUUUGUUUUCUAUUUAAGUACGUAGAGCAGUGUUGUGUGGAAGGGAAGAGGGUGGCAGGGAGGUACAUGCUUUCUGCUUUGGCAUAGUCCAUGUUUUCAGGUGCAGUAGAACCUGUUUUGUAACGUAGACAUAUCAGCUGUUUCCAGUAGUGUGGAAAACAUGCGCAGAUACACACGCACACACUUUCUCACAUAUGCUUGCGUGCCUUGUCCUGGCUAUGGCCACAUCCUCCCUGCAGUGCAACAGAAACCUCAUGUUCAGUGUAGGCACAUAGUUCUUUAAGCCAUGUUCUCGUUCUCACACACGAUUGGUGGUCAGAUGUUCUCCAAGGUUCCAUCCCAGUUCUCAAGCAGGGCAAAAUUUGCGCAAAAGAUCAAACACACACACACACACUCCUCUGUGAGGAUUUCGUUAAUAUUGCGCUUCACAUUAGGCGUGUCCUCCCCUCCUUAAAGCUUGUGCAACUCUCAUCCAUCACUGCUGAGCACUGUGCCUUCAGGACCAGGGUGAAAUCCCUCCCACCCUGUCCUCUCACCUCUUCCCUUUUCAUUCACUUGCAAGAAACCCAUCAUGGCCGCACAAAUCUAACCUCUGUUGAUUCUUCAUUCACAAUCCAUAUCUGAGGAGAAAGAAGUAUAGUUGGGAUGUAUGGUGAGAUCAAAGAACCUGUGAGAUGUUGGGAAGACUAAACUGCAGUCCAUCACCAAAGAAUCCCAUUAUCUAUACCUUUUAAUUUGAUACCUUCUUAUUAAUCUGGUUUUAUAAAGAUAAACAACUUUACUAGUAUGAAAAAAAGACAAGGGAAAAAAAAUCUUGUUUUUGAGAGUGCAAAGAAGAUCCAAAUACACAGAUUGUCAAAAAAAUAGUUGCACCUCGAUAGAAUAGACCAAUAGGAAGCAAACUGGUGAGUAGUUGUGCCAGUUAUGACAGCAUAAAGUGACUCCGAAUGUGGAGGUACUGUGAUCAGUUCUAUGAUCAAUGGUUUGCUGUCACUCAUCCAGAUAGCCUGGGGUCUUGAUGUUGGAUGCAAUUUCGUACAAUACCAGUUCUGCUUUGGUCACAAUUAGGCACCUUGACAGUCCAAUUUAACAUUAAAAAGGUCCUGCAACAAAUGGCUCUACUUUUCUCAUUGCACACUCCGGUAUGCAUUUUCAACAGGACAAUGCUCAUCCACAUACAGCUGCUGUCUCAAGAGCUUGCCUUGGCCAGCAUCAUUACAUGCGAGGACGUCUGGCACGUCACACUACACAUGCAUUACACCCUACUUCUGUAUGUGUAGAUUAAAAAAUAUGACCCAGGAUGCUCAUAUCCAUCUACAUUUAUAAAUCACUUAUUGUUCCUGGUAAUCUUUAUCUUAAAUCCAAAUAGCAUUGCAAUCAAGCACGUCCUUUCUGGGUGCAACUAUUUCUUUGACAAUUAGUGUAAAAAGCGAGGAGAACCAAAUUGAUGUUUUUCCUCUAAAAAAAAAUGUAAUAAAGCAGGGCUGCUGUGAUUGGGUGACAAGGCUGGAACACAGUCCAUUUCACCAAUGGCACAUCAAAAUCACUUUGACCCGUCUUUAAGUACUGACGUCCACCUGCACUGUUGGUGAUAUUCCUAUCUCACGCUUUAAUAUUCUUCACAUCAGGGGCCUACAGAUCUGUGCCUGACUCCUUCCAAGAGGGGAAAAGCACUUUUCUCUCUUUCCUUUUUAUCGACAGGGUUGCAGUAGGCCAGUAGUUUGGAAGGUUAAUGGAAGCAUGACUGAUGUUUUCACUUAUGGAUCGUUGUGUUUUUUUUUUGUUGAGGGAAAAGCUCUGACCGAUUCCACCACCCACAUCUUUGACACAGAGGGCCUCUCUUUCAGCUCUAGAGGUCCACAAGCAAACCAGUUAUCCACCGACAACACAGACUGUACAUAUUCUCCUGGUAUUUUACUGCGCUUCUAAACAAAACUCCUCCUCAUUAGUGGUGUAGUGACCAUCGAUGGGUCAGUGCUCUUUUUCCUUCAUUUUCCAAUUUCAAUCUCUGUGUGUAAUUAUGGACUGUUUUUAUCUUAUGCUAUUGUAAGAAAUAAAUGCAAAUUUAAAAAAAGGCA